AUGUAUGCUCAAAAGCUUAUCGCUGAUGCAGAAAUUAAUGCCACGUCAAGAUUUGCUACUACAUCUCAAUACGAGUUCAUUUCUCCCUGCCCCCAGCUGACUACAGAUCAGAAGCAAGCAGUAAAAUGCCUCAAUCACCAAGAAAAAAAACCAUCUCCUUAUCCUCCUCCCCACACAAACCCCUGGAAUCCUAUAUGCUCCUGCAUGCUGGAGCCCAGCAUACUCCUGACCAGCAGUUCUUUGGCAAAGCCUCAGGUUUUGCUGUUUGAAACAGCCUCAUACGAAUACAACACUGCAGUACCUACUGCAUAGAUGCUGCCCCAUACGUAUCAUCCCCUGGAUCAAACAUUUCCAGAACACUUACUCACUUGUGGAUCAUCUCAAGACAAUUAUUUAAAUACUGCCUUUGACAGAAGUAGGGUUUAUGACUACCCCAACUUGCAGCAUACUUUGUAACAAACGAGUCCGUUCUCUCACAGACCAGUCACUUUGCUUUAAGAACUCUGACUGCGUUGUUUCAGUUGUUCUGGGAAUAACAGCCAAAUAUUUCAGUUGUUUUGUUUGCUGCUGUGAGUAAAACAUACCCAAAAAGAUGUAGCACAUUAAUGACGCGCUUCUCCGAGUCAAAACUAAACUGCAAAAAUAAAACUUUUGAAACCUAUCAAAACUAACAGUAACUCAAAUCUGUAGGAAGAGUCAAAUGCAGGAAUCGUUUCCUGGAAUGGUUAUGUUUAAAUUAUUUUCUGAUUUUAAA